AUUGUAUCCUUAAUUUAGACCCUGCCCCUGUAAGGUGAGUACUGUACAUUAUACUGAGGGUGGGUCUUCUGACAUGCAGAGAGCAUAUAUAACAGACAGCUGGCCUUUGAAUUUCAUAGAGACAAAUAAUCAAAGUUGGAGGCUUAGAAUUUUUAAACGUUAUUCUGAUGGAUUACUCACCUUUUAAUUUCAUGAUAAUUCUUUUCUCCUCUUUCUGCUUUUUCGCAAAUGCAUUUUUUGUCUUCUGUAUGUUCUUCCCACAGCAAAGAACAGGGCAACUGAAACAACCACUUAAGGUUUUACUGGGUACACUUCUUGGUAGCACCAUCACUCUUCACCUAUGCAUCUUGAUCUGUGCAGUCAUGACUGUUUUCCAAAGUUUUGUGUAUUAUUUUAUUGUAAUUCAAAUGGCCUUGUUUACUAUGAGGGCCAGUAUAACUUCAUCCCUUUGGCUGAAUUUCUUCUACUUCUGCCAGAUUGUUCCUGCUACAUGCUCAUUUUUAAUUUGUUUGAAGAGGAACACCAGAUGCUUCAUAUACUCAGCUUUGGUAGCAGAUAAAAUCUUCUUCCUAUUUGGCUUCUCUACAGGCAUUACAUGUUCUGUAGUAUGUGGGAACGAUUAUUGUGAAAAUUACUUCAAUACAACAUAUGGACAAUUUAAUGAAACACAGAAUGCUAAAAUGGAUACACUGAAAAUAGUUUCUGAUGUAGACAUUUGGUUACGGUGUGGUUAUUUAUUGCUCUGUCUUUGUGUGAUGUUGACAUCAAACUGUGUGACAAUUCUCUACCUACAGAAACACAUGAAAAGGAUAGAGGGACACAGAUUCUCUCCUGUCAAAAGACAGAUGAGGGUGACAAUAACUGGCAUCAUUCAGACUUUCCUUUCUUUCAUUUGUUUUGUAUGGUUUCUAGUGGAUGAAAUAAGCCCUCAAUACGCUGAUUUAUAUUCUUACAUUUAUGCCAUUAUCGGCUAUUUCUACUCUCUCGGGACAACCAUUAACUUGUGUGUUGGACAAACAAUAUUUCGUAGACGUGUGGUUGGAGUUUACCAAAAAUGUCUUCAGACACUUGCUUUCUAA